CUGCGCGUGCGCCGCGGCCGUGACGCCAUCGGGGAGCUCGUCCCGUCUCGUCCUGUCCUGUCCUCGCGCGCUCGUUCCGGUGCCGCCGGGAGCCGCCAUGGUGCAGCUGGGGCGGGUGCUGCGGGCGGUGCCGGGCCGUGCCCGCGUGGUGAUCCGCCUGGCGAUGCGCGGCUGCACCAACCGGCCGAUGCUGCUGCUGGUGGCGGCGCACAACUGGCGGGCGCGCGACGGGCCCUUCCUGGAGCAGCUGGGCUGCUGCGACCCCAUGCCCAACUCGCACGGCGAGAAGGUCGUGGGCAUCAACAUGGAGCGGCUGCGCCACUGGCUCGGCACCGGUGCCUGCGUCUCCCGGCCCGCCGAGAAGCUGCUGGGUCUGGCUGGGUUCUUCCCGCUGCACCCCAUGACCAUCACCGGCGCCGAGCGGCUGCGCAAGGCCAGGGCUGCGGAGGCGGCGAGAGCCUCGGAGGCCUCCGCGGGCCCCAAGGAAGACGCGGAGGAGUGAGGCGAGGCCGAGCCUGGCCAACGUGCAGGAACCUUCCCCCGCUCGGCACGCCGAGGCCAAAGGACUUCUCCGAAGCGAGUGCUGUCACUGUCUCUGCUUUAAGAUCCGCUUCAGUUGUUGUUCUUCUCUGGUUUCAUUUCCAUUGAGCUUAACAACGGGACACCCGUGUGUGCAGCAGCAACAUACGUUCUGUAAAGGGUGGAAGAUGCAUGUCAAAGCAGUAAAGGACUUACUCUUACUCCA